AUGUUUGAGCUCAAGACCUCUGCAGCGACCCGAGCCGCAUCCAGAUCUCUGUCGCAGAAACAACACAUCAAUGCAGCCGCCAUGAUGCCUCUACAGAUACUUCUAUUGACUCUGCUCCUUGUCAGGAAUGCAAAUGGAUUCGUUCCGCCAAAGUCAGUUCCAUCCUCCUUGGCACGCAGCGAUGGAAUACCGAGGCAGAUGUCUCCCUUGCUGCAGUUGACACCUGUGGAUGUAAAGAUUGGCAUUUGGACAGCAGCCUUUUCCGCUUCCCACAUUGGCAUGUCGGCGAUACGAAGGCAGUUGAUUGAUAUCUGUGGCAACGUGGCAGGAACUGCGGGUCUUGUAAAUCGGACCGAUUGGAGACUUCCUGAUAUCUGGCCAGGAGAUGCAUCGGGAGGACAAGAGAUUUUCCCCACAACCGAUAUUGCCGGGCGACAGUUGUAUCGCUUGGGGUACACUGCCAUUUCGUUUGCCACUCUGGGAUCAGCCUUCUUGGCCUACUUGGAAUCGCUGCAGCAACAACCACCGAUGAACCAUGAUUCCACAUGGUUUGUGUGGAUUGCGACGGCCUCCUGGGCCGUUUCAAUUGCAUCACUUUUCAAUCCAUCACCGUUAUCCUUGGUCCCAGUGUUUGUUGGCGAAGGCCAAUCCAAUAUGAAAAACGAAGCUAGCAGUUUGAUUGCUCGUAACGAUGCACAAAAGCUGCAAGCAACUGGAAUGACACGUAUCACCAGGCAUCCUCUGAUCCUCCCUGUGGUUCCGUGGGGAUUGGCGACUGCCAUGAGCAUGGGUGGACAAACCAGAGAUUUCCUAUUCUUUGGUGGAUUGGCCAUGUACGCCAUUGCGGGAUGUGCCGCUCAAGAUCUUCGAGUGAUCCGAGAAGAAGGAUCGGUAGGAACCGUCUUUGCACCCGGGGCAACUUUGCAAGACUUUUUUGACGACACGUCCUUUUUGCCCUUUGGAGCCGUAUUGGAUGGAAGACAGUCCCUGUCCAGGAUUGCCACGGAGGUGCCCUGGUGGGCGCUCGGUCUUGGCGUGGUGGUUGGAUAUAAUCUGCAACUAGUCCUUUUGGAUUGGCUUUUGCGGGUUGGUUGA